CCUCUAAACAGAUCUGGUUGUACAUAAUAAGCUGUGCUUUGCUAAUUAUACAUCUUCCCUUUGUUCAGCCUUCCCUUUGUGUAUGAUUAGCACAGUCUUGAGAAUAUACUGUACUAUUUUCCAUGACAUUAAAAUUCAUACACAGCAUACUCUCUAAUUAUUUCAUACCUUUACAUUAGGGACUAAGAUAUUUAUGGUGGAGGGGAUAAUUCUGUUUAUUUAAUUACUUAUAGAAGGAAUUCAGGAAAAGAGAUUAUUAAAAUAAUUUCAACUUGAUACUGAGAUAUACACACACAGACCAAGGCACAGCAUAUAUUCUUGCUCACAUCCUCACUCCCUCCUGACUUCGGACCUCACCAUUUUGGACACUGCUCCAUCGCAGAGAUGUCUGCUAGGAUCUGUUUCUAUCGAGGACUCACCUGUUCUUCAAGACUCACUGAAAACCCUCUCCUCUGCCAGCCUUCCCAGUGCCCACCAUUAAACUUUAGCUCCAUCUUCCCAUACUCCAGGGCACUUUGUGCUACUCUUAAAGCAUCUGUCAGUUUUGUAUUAUAGGGUGGGAGGUAGGCAGAGAUGGCAGGUGACUCACUCAAAUAUAUUUUUCCUCUUUUCUUCCUGGGCAUAUAAAUGGACACCAUUUACUUGCCUUCCCUAGAGUCAGGUGUGACCACAUGAUGAAUUUCUAGUGAUGGAAUAGAAGUGGAUGUGACAUGCCUUAUUUUGGACCAAGAUUUUUAGGAAGCAGGCAUGCCUUCUUCAUGCUGGCUCUCCUCACUGCCACCUGGGCUAGAGAACUCAGGCUCUCAGGGACGGAGGGAGCCUGGAGUCCUGGCUCACCAGCUCUUUCUAAAUCUCUUGGUACCUGUGUUUAUGGAGUCCCUCCCCCCAGAAAAUCACACAGAAAGAGUUAAGAGGAAGAUCUAUGAAGCAUGGAAGUUUCCAUCAGGUUUGGAAGAAAGUAGGAUGAAUGCAGAGAUACCAGACUGCCUCUAAGACCCAUGGACAAUCCUACACUCAUACGUCUCUGUCGAACUUCAAGAUUAAGUAGUAAUAUGCUACCUUUGAGAGAUGAAAAGAAACUAAUGCCAAGAAGGCAUAUUCUUCGGUGUUUGGAAUAGACGUGCUCUCAAGACCAUGGCUUCAAAAGUGUCCUGUUUAUAUGUUUUGACAGUCGUGUGCUGGGCCAGCGCUCUCUGGUACUUGAGCGUAACUCGUCCUACUUCUUCCUACACUGGCUCCAAGCCCUUCAGCCACCUAACAGUUGCCAGGAAAAACUUCACGUUUGGCAACAUAAGAACUCGACCUAUAAACCCACAUUCUUUUGAAUUUCUUAUAAAUGAGCCCAACAAAUGUGAGAAAAACAUUCCUUUCCUUGUUAUUCUUAUCAGCACCACCCACAAAGAAUUUGAUGCCCGCCAGGCAAUCCGAGAGACGUGGGGGGAUGAGAACAACUUUAAAGGGAUCAAAAUAGCUACUCUGUUCCUCCUGGGCAAGAACGCUGACCCUGUUCUGAAUCAGAUGGUGGAGCAAGAGAGUCAAAUCUUCCACGACAUUAUCGUGGAGGACUUUAUUGACUCCUAUCACAACCUCACCCUCAAAACAUUAAUGGGCAUGAGAUGGGUGGCCACUUUUUGUUCAAAAGCCAAGUAUGUCAUGAAAACAGAUAGUGACAUUUUUGUAAACAUGGACAACCUUAUUUAUAAACUAUUAAAACCCUCCACCAAGCCAAGAAGAAGGUAUUUUACUGGCUAUGUCAUCAAUGGAGGGCCAAUCCGGGACGUCCGCAGUAAGUGGUAUAUGCCCAGGGAUUUGUACCCUGACAGUAACUACCCACCAUUCUGUUCGGGGACCGGCUAUAUCUUCUCAGCCGAUGUAGCGGAACUCAUUUACAAGACCUCACUCCACACAAGGCUGCUGCACCUUGAAGAUGUAUAUGUAGGACUGUGUCUCCGAAAGCUGGGCAUACAUCCUUUUCAGAACAGUGGCUUUAAUCACUGGAAAAUGGCCUAUAGUUUGUGUAGGUAUCGCCGAGUUAUCACUGUGCAUCAGAUCUCUCCAGAAGAAAUGCACAGAAUCUGGAAUGACAUGUCGAGCAAGAAACAUCUCAGAUGUUAGGAUUUUUACCAAUGUAAAUACAUUUCUUUCCUUUUUUUAAGAAA